AUGUCUGCAGCAGCAACUCAAAGACUUAUUUGUAAAAGACAAACACUUGAUGAAGCAUAUGCCCCACCUGCCAAUUUCCUUGAAGUUGAAGUAGUUAAUCCAAUAACACAUGGAGUUGGAAAGAAUAGAUAUACAGAUUAUGAAGUUAGAUUAAGAACUAAUCUUCCUGUUUUUAAGCAAAAAGAAUCUUCUGUACGUCGUCGUUACUCUGAUUUUGAAUGGCUUCGAAAUGAACUUGAAAGAGAUAGUAAAAUACUUGUUCCACAAUUACCUGGAAAAUCAAUUAAACGUUUACUUCCUUUUCGUAAUGAUGAUGGAAUUUUUGAAGAAUCAUUUAUUGAAAGGAGGAGAGCUGCAUUAGAACAAUUUUUGAAUAAAGUUACUGGACACCCUUUAGCACAAAACGAACGAUCACUUCAUAUAUUUUUACAAAAUGCUGAAAUUGACAAAAACUACUCUCCUGGACGUAUUAGAACUGACUAA